AUGCGGAUCCUGCUGGCCGCCAGCCGGCGGCUUCGCGCCUCCCGGUACCGCGGCAGGGCGGCGCCGGAGGGGCGGUGCCGAUGGGGAUCCUUGGAUCAAGCCCUCGGGUGGUCUGGGCCCCUUGGGUUCCCGGUGCCUGGCGGUGAUGGGGCCUGGCAUCCCGAGAUGGUCUGGGCCAGCGGGGCCCCCGAGGGUGGCCGCGCCCCCGCCCAGCGAAGCCCGCGUCGUGCUUUAGUGCGCUCGGAUGCAAAUGCACCGGGCGUCUGCUGUCCGGAGGCGCCGAACGGGCGCUCCCGAGGCAGCGGGCAUGACGGGGAGGCGGUUCCCCAAGCCCCCCUCUGGCUGGACUCGGCCCCGACUCGCAGCCUGGCCGGGCCCCUGCUCCGAGUCCUCUGCAACGAGACCAAGCGCGAUGCUGCGGGGGCUGGGGCCGCAGGCCUCUUCACCAAGGAGCCUUACUCCCAGGACGCCCUGCAUGGGCGCAGCGCCAUCCUGCGCUGCGAGGUGAAGGAGCCGGCAGAGGUGGAGUUUGAGUGGCUGCAGAACGGCCUCCCCAUUCAGGACACGGAGCAGCGCUUCAAAGAGGGCAGCAACCUCCAGUUCGCUGCCGUGGAUCGGCACCGGGACACGGGGAACUUCCAGUGCGUGGCGAGGAACUUGCUGACCGGGGAGGAGUCACGCACGGCCAACGCCUCCUUCAACAUCAAGUGGAUUGAGGCAGGCAAUGUGGUGCUGAAGCAGCCAGCCAGUGUCGCUGAGAUCCAGCCCUCCUCCACAGUGGUUUUGCGGUGUCACAUCGACGGCCACCCACGCCCCACGUGGCAGUGGCUGCGGGACGGAGCCCUGCUCCCCGACAGCCGCAGCGGCUACGCCGUCAGCAACAAGGAGCGCACGCUGACGCUGCCCAGCGCCGGCCCCGACCACAACGGCCUCUACUCCUGCUGCGCCCGCAACGCCGCCGGCUCCGUCUGCAGCCACAACAACUUCACUCUCAACAUCAUCGACGAGAGCUUCCCUCAGGCAGUGGUCGUCCCGCAGGACCUUAUCGUGACCAAGAAUGAAGAGGCCAUGUUCGACUGCCAGUUUGCAGCUGUGCCUCCUCCCACACAGGAGUGGCUCUUUGAAGACAGCCCCAUCACCAACAGAUCCAAGACCACCAUCUUUGCCAAUGGUUCCCUGCUGAUCACCCAGGUGAGGGCUCGCAGCACCGGUGUCUACAAGUGCGUUGGCCACGGGCAGAGGGGGAAAACUCUUGUGCUGAAGGCGACUCUGCAGUUAGCAGAGAUAGAAGAAAUGGCACCCUUCACCCCAAAGGUGCUGACGGCGAACCAAGGGCACCGUGUGGCCUGCACUGCCCCACGAGGCGUACCCACGCCUCAGGUCUGGUGGGAGAGGAACCAGGAACGAGUUCCCACUACUGGCAGGGUGCACCAAGAAGCAGAGCAGCUCGUUUUCACCAGCAUCAGCGAGACGGACGCUGGGACCUACACGUGCCAUGCUGCCAACAAGGCUGGAGAGAAGAAACAGGAGCUCAGCAUCAUCGUGGCUACGGUGCCUAAGUGGGUGGAGAUGCCCAAGGACAGCCAGCUGGAGGAGAGCAAGCCAGGAUACCUCCACUGCCUCAGCAAGGCCUCCCUGAAACCCACAGUCACCUGGUACCGCAAUGGCGUCUCCAUCUCUGAGGACUCGCGGUUCGAGAUCUCGGCGAACGGGACGCUGCGUAUCAACAACGUGGAGGUGUACGACGGGACCCUGUACAAGUGCGUCAGCAGCACCCCCGCCGGCAGCAUCGAGGGCUACGCCCGGGUGCACGUCCUGGAGAAUCUGAAGUUCACUCCGCCACCCCAGCCCCUGCAGUGCAUGGAGUUUGAUAAGGAGGUGACAGUGUCCUGCUCAGCCACAGGCCGGGAAAAACCAACCAUCCAGUGGACUAAAUCAGAUGGGAGCAGCCUGCCAUCCCACGUCAGCCACAAUGCUGGCAUCUUGUCCUUCCACAAGGUGAGCAGGAGUGACUCUGGGAACUACACGUGCAUCGCCUCCAACAGCCCGCAAGGCGAGAUCCGUGCCAACGUGCAGCUUGUGGUAGCAGUUUACGUCACCUUCAAGCUAGAGCCAGAGCCCAUGACAGUGUACCAGGGGCACACAGCCAUGUUCCAGUGCCAGGCAGAGGGAGACCCUGUGCCACACAUCCAGUGGAAAGGGAAGGACAAGCUUUUGGAUCCCGGCAAGCUCCUGCCCAGGAUUCAGAUCAUGCCCAAUGGCUCCCUGGUGAUCUACGACGUCACCAGUGAGGACUCAGGGAAGUACACCUGCAUCGCCGGCAACAGCUGCAACAUCAAGCACCGCGAGGCCUUCCUCUAUGUCGUAGACAAACCAGCAGCUGAAGAGGAUGAGGGACCAGGCAGCCACACACCCUACAAGAUGAUCCAGACCAUUGGGCUUUCAGUAGGGGCAGCUGUUGCCUACAUUAUCAUCGUGCUGGGGCUGAUGUUCUACUGUAAGAAGCGGAGAAAAGCCAAGAGGCUGAAGAAGCACCCAGAGGGCGAGGAGCCUGAAAUGGAGUGUCUGAAUGGUGGUGCUUUGCUGCAGAACGGGCAGAUGACAGCAGAGAUCCAGGAAGAGGUGGCCUUGACCAACCUGGGCAGCAGCUCUGGGGCCAGCAAGCGGCACAGCACUGCUGACAAGAUGCACUUUCCACGUUCCAAUCUGCAGACAAUCACAACCCUGGGCAGGGGGGAGUUUGGUGAAGUUUUCCUGGCUAAGGCAAAAGGUGCAGAGGAUGGUGAGGGAGAAGCACUGGUCCUGGUGAAGAGCCUGCAGACGAGGGAUGAGCAGCUGCAGCUGGACUUCCGGCGAGAGGCAGAGAUGUUUGGCAAGCUGAACCACUCCAACGUGGUGCGGCUGCUGGGGCUGUGCCGUGAGGCAGAGCCACACUACAUGGUCCUGGAGUAUGUGGACUUGGGGGACCUGAAGCAGUUCCUGAGGAUCUCCAAGAGCAAAGAUGAGUCUCUGAAGCCACAGCCCCUCACAACCAAACAUAAGGUGUCUCUCUGCACACAGGUGGCCCUGGGUAUGGAGCAUCUCUCCAAUGGCAGGUUCGUGCACCGGGACUUGGCAGCCAGGAACUGCCUGGUCAGCGCCCAGCGGCAGGUCAAGGUCUCGUCCCUCAGCCUCAGCAAGGAUGUGUACAACAGCGAGUACUACCACUUCCGCCAAGCCUGGAUCCCGCUGCGCUGGAUGCCACCUGAAGCCGUGCUGGAGGAUGAGUUCUCCACCAAGUCAGAUGUCUGGUCCUUUGGGGUGCUCAUGUGGGAGGUCUUCAUGCAUGGAGAGAUGCCUUACACCCCAAUGGCAGACGAUGAGGUCCUAGCAGGUCUGCAGUCAGGCAAGACGAAGCUGCCUCAGCCCGAGGGUUGCCCUUCCCGCCUGGCCAAGCUGAUGCAGCGCUGCUGGGCGCCCAGCCCUAAGGACCGACCCUCCUUCAGCGAGCUCGCCACCGCCCUGGGGGACAGCCCAGCCGACAGCAAAGCCUGA